AUGGGCACAACGGCCUUCUUGGUUAUGGAUGUCCAGAAUGGUGUCGUCGAUCGCAUGGAAGACAUAAAUCCAUAUCUUGACCGGCUGUCCUCUGCGAUCAACUCUGCGCGUAAAGCUGGACUCAGAAUCGUGCAUAUCCGAACUGUUUUUCGACCAGGGUUCGUCGACGCGAGCCCCCAAAACAAAUCAAUCGCCAAAGUCGUAGCUUGGGGCAUCUUGACCGAAGGCAGCAAAUCCGCCGACAUCCAUGACGCGAUUGUGCCUGAUAAAAGCGACGUUAUCGUCAACAAGUCCCGUGGCUCUGCUUUCCACGGAUGCGACCUUGAAACAGUCCUUUGUAGUCUCGAUGUAGAGACUCUCGUUAUCACAGGCUUGACCACCAGUGGUGUUGUCCUUUCGACCGUUCGCCAAGCAGCGGAUCACGACUAUCGUCUUGUCGUGUUAGAAGAUUUAUGCAGGGACCGCGACCAGGAAUCUCAUGAUAUAUUGAUGAAGAAGAUAUUUCCGAAACAAGCCGAGGUUCUUUCAUCGGCGGAAUGGCUGGCCGGACUCUAG